GUUAAAGUAAGCAGUGACCCUGAUGAUCCUACAGUAGUAUCCUGGUGGCGAUGUGGAGAGUCUUUACGCCCCAUUGUUGGAAAGAGAGAAAUUAUAUCUCAUGAUGAUGGAUGGCACGAGUUGAUAUUGAGUAAUAUCACCGAAGAAGAUGAAGGCGAGUAUGAGUGUCGUGCUGAAAACAACAGAGGCCAUAAUUCCUGCUUUGGAUCACUCUACUAUUAUCGCGAAGGUGGCGGUUAUACAAUGACAGAUGUAACAAUGGAAGAACUUGCAGCUGAAGGAGAUGGCAGACAGUCAGGCUUAUUAAUUCUCAUCGACGAUGGAUCCCAAACUGAUGAAUGUCCCUCAGGUGAUUCGAACAGAAAAUCGAUGACGAUAUCCGAGCAAAUGCAGGGAAUUAUCGAAGACUUAACCCAUAGUAGCAGUCAAGGAGAACGGACUGGUAGUAUGACUUUAGAAAAGGAUGAUGAAAAUCAGUUCUAUUCCGACAUUGAAGAGCUGUGUGAUGAUGAUCUUGAAAGCAAUGUCAUACAGAAUAUUCUAGGAAUGUCCAAGAAGCAAGGCAGUGAAGAGACGCUUGUACCAGAAAUGCCUUCCCCGGACUUCACUGCAGAUAUAGCAGUAUCCGAAGGAGCUCCAGACCCGUACGCCCCCACCACUGUGAACCAAACGCAGAAAUGGCGGUCGAAUCCAAACAACGUUUCAAAAAAUAAGCGAGAAAAAGAAGAGGCCAGAGAGAAAGAGGGCGAUGGGGUGUGGCCUCCUGAUGCUACUAUGGUCACUUUCGACCUGCCCCUAGACACUGAAACGACAUCUGUAGAACUGCCUUUCGCUAAAGAAGGUAGUACCGAAGAGGAAGCUCAUAAAAGUAGUUUGCGAUGUGUAGGGGCAGAGACACCUUUCGACGUGGCAGAUAUUACAGAGGAAGCUGUAGAUGGCAGCAGCUCUAAAGAUGCGGGUUCUCUCCGGCACUCGCCGACAGAUGGCGUAACUAAUGAAAAUUUCGGAGCUGAGUCGGGGACUGAUGUUGCUUCCCAGGAGAUAAUUCUGGCUACGAAACUUGCUACUGCUUCGUGUGCGGCUCCACGGAUAGACCAAGAUACUAGUCUUACAUCGGUCACUGAAAUCACUGGUGAAGCCAUCCUUUUGGAAGGUUGCCAGCAAAGCAAGAUGUCCUUCACACGAUCCUCCUUCAAGUCCUCUACCUAUCAGUAUACGGAUGACACCGCUACAUCUCUUCGCAGUUCAUCUGCGACAUCUCGGAUAUCCUCGACCACCUUUGGAGAGGAAUCCAUAUCCUAUCAUCGCUCAUCUAGGAUGACUAGAACGGUGGGGGAGCUAGAUGAUGAUAGUCUCUCGCUUUCAACGACAGCUAAGAGGACAAAACUAAGUUCUGCUUAUGAAGCUGAUGAAUCCAGCCUCUCUAUGCCCAGUAAAGCAGCUAUCUUUUCUAACGCUUUUCAAACAGAGGCACCUACAGAGAUAAAAGUAAGAGAAAUAAGACAUGAUUCGAUGCUGAUUUUUUCCGUCGCCUAACACUUAGUGCUCAUUUACAUUGUCAGAGAAGGUUCUCUGUCUUAUUUUAAAUCUAAGAAAUGCUGUUAAAAUGAAAUCAAUCAAAAUAUUUUGUUUCUCUUUGUAAAUCUACAAAAAUAAUGACCUUGAAACGCACAAUAUUUUCUUGUAAAUGUAAUAAGCAAAGACAUUUUUUAAAAUUUUUUGGUGGGAGGCUGUUGUAAAUAGCAUUUUAAACAAAGACUCAAGUUAUUCUUAUGCUUA